ACCCAUGAUGCCUCAGUGUACGUGUCAGCGAUAACAGGAGAGGGUCGCUACUCUGUCUUAUAUACUCAAAACUGCGCCCUGUUUCGACCGGUUCUUCUCUUAAUGCCUCUGUGAAACGUUACGAGCUUUACCGUGAAGCUGUAUUGGACGCACUGAGAGCAACAAUGUCGAGGACAGCGGUGGUGUUGUUACUACAGCUGAUGGUAGUGAGCCAAGCCUUCUAUCUCCCCGGCCUAGCCCCUGUCAAUUAUUGUCGCAGAGGAAGUGAUGAGGCUAAAUGUCAGUCAAAUGUGCCUCUUUAUGUGAACCGACUAAAUUCAGAGGAGUCAGUCAUCCCAUACGAGUAUGAGCAUUUUGACUUCUGCAAAGCUCUCCCUGAUAACAAAGAGACAGUGGUCGAGAACUUGGGUCAAGUGAUGUUUGGUGAGCGCAUCCAGCCCUCACCGUAUAAGAUUGAUUUCCUGAACCCACAAAAGUGUGUUCCAGUUUGCACCAAGGUUUACAACCCGACCUCUAAGGGGGACACUCAGAAGCUGAAUGAUCUUAAGAGAGCCAUGAACCUCAACUAUUACCAUCACUGGAUAGUGGAUAACAUGCCAGUGACUUGGUGCUACAAGGUGGAGGGAGGGAGUGUCUUCUGUGCUACUGGCUUUCCCGUGGGAUGUUUUGUGGAUGUUACCAGCCGACCAAAAGAUGCCUGUGUCAUGGAUCAACGGUACAAGCAAGCCAACACGUAUUAUCUCUUCAACCACGUAGACCUGAACAUUACGUACCACAGUGGCGAUGGGGAAGACUGGGGCUCAUCACUUAAUGGUCCUGGAGGGCGAAUUCUCUCUGUUCGUGUGUCACCUAAGAGUAUCAAGCAUGUGGCAGGAGUUAAUGACAAGGACUCAUGUGACACUGUAGAGGUGAUGGGGAUUAACAAUGUCUUAAAGGAUAAACUGGAGAUCAAGUACACAUACAGUGUGGCCUUUACAAAAAGUACCGGGAACAACCGAUGGUCGUCUCGUUGGGAUUACAUCCUGGACUCCAUGCCUCAUGCCAACAUUCAGUGGUUCAGCAUCCUCAACUCCCUGGUGAUCGUUCUCUUCCUUUCGGGUAUGGUGGCCAUGAUUAUGUUGCGCACGCUACAUAAGGACAUUGCCCGCUACAACCAGAUUGAGGUUGGAGAGGACGCUCAAGAGGAGUAUGGUUGGAAGCUGGUCCAUGGUGACGUGUUCCGGCCACCCCGUCGUGGGAUGCUCCUCUCCGUUUUGGUGGGGUCUGGCACUCAGGUGUUCAUCAUGACUCUCGUCACACUGUUGUUUGCUUGCCUUGGUUUCCUUUCCCCUGCCAACCGUGGUGCUCUCAUGACAUGUGCAAUGGUUCUUUAUGUGUGUCUCGGAUUCCCCGCCGGUUAUGUUGCCGCACGUCUCUACAAGAGCUUUGGUGGAGAAAAAUGGAAAACAAAUGUCCUCUUAACCUCCAUGUUGUGCCCUGGGAUUGUGUUUGCCCUGUUUCUCAUGAUGAACUUGAUACUAUGGUACAAGGGAUCAAGUGCUGCUGUUCCCUUCACCACAUUGCUGGCCCUUCUUGCUCUGUGGUUCCUUGUAUCUGUACCACUCACCUUUGUGGGAUCCUUCUUUGGGUAUAGGAAGAGGUGCUUGGAGAAUCCAGUACGGACCAAUCAGAUUCCUCGGCAGAUCCCCGAACAGAGUAUUUACACCCAGCCACUUCCUGGCAUCAUUAUGGGUGGUGUCCUUCCCUUUGGCUGCAUAUUUAUCCAACUCUUCUUUAUUCUUAACUCCAUCUGGUCAUCACAGACUUACUAUAUGUUUGGUUUCCUCUUUCUGGUGUUCCUCAUUCUGAUUGUCACCUGCUCUGAGACAACUGUGCUGCUCUGCUACUUCCACCUGUGUGCUGAGGACUAUCAUUGGUGGUGGCGUAGUUUCUUAACAUCAGGAUUCACUUCAUUUUACUUAUUCCUUUACUGUGUUCAUUACUUCGUUACCAAGCUGAGCAUAGAGGGUGUGGUAUCCACCAUGCUCUACUUUGGGUAUACAGCAAUCAUGGUCUUCCUUUUCUUCUUGCUCACAGGAACCAUUGGCUUCGUCGCCUGUUUCUGGUUUGUACGAAAGAUCUACAGUGUAGUGAAAGUGGAUUAGAUCUCAGAACCAAAAUGGUUGUUGUUGGAGUGUGUUGUCGUCAUUCGACUGACUCCGCCUUAGCAGUUCGAGGAGAGAGUGGGACUAAAGUAAUCUUUUUUGCAUAGUAGCAAAUUAAACCCCAUAGAAUAAGGGAAAGAUAAUUCAGGUAUCAAAUAUACCAUGGAUGAUCUGCAACUGUAUUAAGAAAAUCUUGGAUAAUUGUGGUUAUGGGCAUUAAUGAUUAAUUUACUUGCUAUUGUACUGACUUGGUAUGGAUUACAGCUAAAGCUAUAUUAGAAAAAGUCGGGAGUUGAUCUAACCUCUCUGAGUCAUUGGCUGUCUGUUUAACGAUGUAAGUGUGACUCAAGGGGACGUGAGGCACCAACUUUGAAUUUAUUGUGUUAGAUAUAAAUGUAAAGUCUUGUGUAAAACUUUUCUUUUACUUUUAGUAAAAUAAUUUUUAGAUGUUGCAUAAGCUUUUCUUAAUGCAGUGACCAAAUUGCUGGCAUUAUUGAUGAAUGGUACCCUUUUUAUUUUAUUUCUAUUAUCUUCCUUUUCUCUCACUUAUGUUUAGGGUAGAUCAAGGGUUACAGAAACCACAAAGAAAAAAUGGAACUGAUAGAGUACAUUGGUGCAAGACAAGUCUAUGAACUACGGGAACAGGCUGGGAUGGCAAGUCAUUAUUUCCACAUACAGUAUAUUAACUGUCCUCAUUUCACAGACUAUACAUAUUAAAGUUGCUCCCCUUUGAUUGAAUCUAUUAUUGUAUUCUUUUGCUGCAUGCUCCCUUAAAUUAUCAGAAACUGAACAUCUUAUACAUGCACACUAUUGUAUUAUAUUUAUGAGUUUGAAAAACUUAUAGUACACAAAGUUUUUAAGAUUUUAAUAGAUCAGCUACAUCGGAUAGUCAUGAAAGAAGAGAUCUCAUAGUUGGCAAAGAAAAUAUUUUGAAGUUCAUCAUAGAUAUCAAAUGUUUAGUAUCAGUAUUCCUUAAGAUAAGCCUGAGUGAUUAGCAUACUGUUUAGGCUAGUACCAUGAGUGCUUUAAAGAAAUUUCUGCAAAACAACAUUUUUUUUUUCUUUUGUUAUUUUCUGGCAAGGAAAUAGAUCCUCAUUACGAAAGAGGUUAAGUACAGAUGUCCAAGGCCUUGAGAAACUUUACCCACUUCUGAUUAUAUUAAAUGUAGUUUGCCAGUAUCCAGAACUGUACCUGAAUUUUUGGUUGAGGAAUGGAAUUAAACACCCAGUUGCCAAGACUACUCACACAAGAUGAGUAACUCCUCCAAUAGUCGGUUCAAUCUUAAGUAAACUGUUACCUUGAUGUUACAGUACAGUAAUUGUAAAGCAAGCAAGGCCUUUGUUACUUAAUCAGGCCUCCAUUUUAUCUUCACAGUAAGAUGUAACUGUUAUCAUUUGCAUAUUAUUGUGGCAUUGAAAGCCACUUUGCAGUUAUUCAGAUUUUUAUUUAUUUAUUUAUAUAUAUAUUUUUUUAGGGGGUGGGCUUCAUGUAAAUUACUCAUCUUAAUUAUCUAGUAGCUGUACAGUAUUUAGAUUAUUAAAACUGAUGAAAAUGAAGUUUGCUAGUUAUCCCUCCCUGAAUAUUUCUCUUAUAUUUUUACUGUACAAUAUUAUCCUUUUUAGCAUUUUUUAUAUUCAUUUCUUUAUGUGGAGAGGAGAGUUUGUUUCUGUAAAAUGAUACAAUUUAUCUCCUUUUGUUAUUAUUGUACCAUAUUCUGAAGUAAUGCUUAAAGCUAUAGGAAGAAUCUUCUGGAUCAAGGAUAUUUUGUUGUAGAGAUGGAGUCUUGUAUGAUGUAUCAAAUAUAGUUAAUUUAUUAUUCAAAUAACUA